AUGGCGUGUGACUGUACAGGGUGUGGGCGAGUGGGGUCGAGAUUCAGCUCACCGCUGCUCUUGACGCCACUCUGCCUGCUGCCCGCCUUCUCCCUUCCCCUCGUGUUGUACCCCCCUCUUGACCCCCCAUGCCACUUCCCCCCCCCUCCUUUCCCCCACAGCCUGGUCGAUUUAUUGCCCAACCACCUGCGAGCGGCCAUGGAAGAGGCUAUCACAAGCAGCCUUGACACAGUAGUCGCCACCGCCAACGCCGCUCUCCAGGCCCUCCCGCGCAUUGUUCCCAUCGAUUCUACCGCUGCUCUUGACGCCACUCUGCCUGCUGAUCCGGAGAUCGACGGCCAGAGCAUCUCCCUCGCCUGCCACGGCCGCUUCCUGCCGUCGGAUCGCAGCAUCUCAUCCCACCGUGCCGCUGCUUCUGCCGCUGCUGACGUCAGCACACGGAGUAGUGUUGGUGGUAGUGGGCUGAGCAUCGACCGUGGUGCUGACAUCAGCAGCUACCAAGGCGUGAGGGUGUUGGGGGAGAGGGGGGCGGUUGGCAGUGCUGGUGGGGAGGUGGAAAGGGUGCGAGAUGAAGAUGAGGGGGAGGCGAGGAUAGGGGGAGGAAAAGGGGAGGAGGAACCUGGGAGAGUGAUGGGUAGUGGGCUUGGAAGAGGGAGUGAGGGAGGGAGUGUGGUGGAUGAUACAAAGUGUGUGGGGGAGGGCGAUGAGUGCGCGGAUUCAGGGCAGAUGGUGGCGCUAUCUCUCUCUCAGCACCUCGUUGCUUCGGCCAGCCAGGUGUAUUAUCAGACUCUCUCUCUUUCCAGGCUGGCUGGUGCGCUCUCCUACACCAUCAACCACCUCCCAUACACCUUCCCCUGGAUGCCUCUAGCUGGUGCGCUCUCCUACACCAUCAACCACCUCCCAGACUCCUUCCCCUGGAAACUUCUCAACACCAAGGGCAUUCCCAUCAUGCUGCCCUCUCCCUUGCCCUCUCCCUUGCGCUUCCAUCCCCUCCCCCUUCCAGGCUGGUGCACUCUCCUACACCAUAAACCACCUCCCAGACUCCUUCCCCUGGAAACUUCUCAACACCAAGGGGUGGCGCUGGAUCCUUCCUAG